UUUAUGGCAAAUUGCCCAGCUCGUACCACGGUCAUACCGAACACAUCUCUACUAAUUGUGCAAAGAAAAAGUGAAAAAAGAAGAAAAUAGUUGAAAAACUAGCAAUAUUUCCACCCAUUUUAGUUUUAAAAACCCAAAGCAGCACGACCAGCAUCAAGAUGACGUGGGAGCCACAGGGAGAAGGUCUGCAGCAGAUCAUAGCGAUUCUCAAGGAAUCGCAGUCACCAGACACAGCCACACAGAUGGCGGUACAAAUGAAACUUGAAGAGUUCAAUCGCUAUCCAGACUUCAACAACUAUCUUAUAUAUGUGUUGACAAAGCUGAAGACCGAGGAUGAGCCGACACGCUCCCUCAGCGGCCUAAUCCUCAAGAACAACAUCCGCAUGCACGGCAGCACUCUGCAGCCGGAGAUUGUCGAGUAUAUAAAGCACGAGUGCCUGCAGGCCGUGGGCGAUGCCUCGCCCCUGAUCCGUGCCACCGUCGGAAUUCUGAUCACUACCAUUGCCAGCAAUGGCGGUCUCCACAAUUGGCCGCAGCUACUGCCCUCGCUCUGCGAAAUGCUCGACAACCAAGACUAUAAUGUGUGCGAGGGCGCCUUUAGUGCGCUGCAGAAGAUCUGUGAGGACUCUGCCGAUAUCCUGGACUCGGCGGCGCUCAACCGGCCACUCAAUGUGAUGAUUCCCAAAUUCCUGCAGUACUUCAAGCACAGCAGUCCCAAGAUACGUUCACAUGCCAUUGCCUGCAUCAAUCAGUUCAUCAUCAACCGGUCACAGGCGCUCAUGCUGAACAUAGACACCUUCAUAGAGAAUCUGUUCCACCUGUCCUCCGACGAGGAUCACGAGGUGCGCAAGAAUGUCUGCCACGGGCUGGUUAUGCUGCUGGAGGUGCGAAUGGACCGCCUGAUGCCGCACAUGUCGCAGAUCAUUGAGUACAUGCUGCUGCGAACUCAGGAUUCCGACGAGGGCGUCGCCCUGGAAGCCUCAGAAUUCUGGCUGUCGCUUGCCGAGCAGAGCAUCUGCAAGGAUGUGCUGGCUCCCUACUUGUCCCAGUUGGCUCCAGUUCUGGUACGCGGCAUGCGCUACUCCGAGAUUGACAUAAUCCUGCUUAAGGGUAACGUGGAGGAAGAUGACAUGGUGCCAGAUCGCGAAGAAGAUAUUCGGCCACGUUUCCACAAGUCCCGCACACACACAAUCAAAAGCGGACAGGAGGCAAGCGGCCAGGCAGGAGCCUCUGGAGAGGAUGACGACGACGACUUCGACGACGGGUUGGAUGACGAUAGCUCGCUAUCAGAAUGGAAUCUGCGCAAGUGUAGCGCAGCCGCCCUGGAUGUGCUGGCCAAUGUGUUCCGCGAGGACUGUCUGCCUGUCGUCUUGCCCAUUCUCAAGGAAACACUGUUCCAUCAAGAGUGGGUGAUCAAGGAGAGCGGUGUCCUGGCCCUGGGAGCCAUCGCCGAGGGCUGUAUGCAGGGCAUGAUCCAACACCUGCCCGAGCUGAUACCCUAUCUGAUUAGCUGCCUUUCGGACAAGAAGGCUCUGGUACGCUCCAUCACUUGCUGGACGCUGUCUCGCUAUGCCAACUGGGUAGUUAACCAGCCGCACGAUCAGUACUUGAAGCCACUGAUGGAGGAACUGCUAAAACGCAUCCUAGACUCCAAUAAGCGGGUCCAGGAGGCGGCAUGCUCGGCCUUUGCCACGCUGGAGGAGGAGGCCUGCACAGAGCUGGUGCCAUACUUGGAGUAUAUCCUUAAGACACUCGUCUUUGCUUUCUCCAAGUACCAGCACAAGAAUUUGUUGAUUCUGUACGAUGCCGUGGGCACUUUGGCCGAUUCCGUGGGCCAUCAUCUUAACAAGCCGCAGUACAUUGACAUCCUGAUGCCGCCGCUAAUUGACAAGUGGAAUCUGCUAAAGGACGACGAUAAGGACCUAUUUCCGCUGUUGGAGUGCCUGUCUAGCAUCGCCACUGCCCUGCAGUCUGGCUUUCUGCCCUACUGCGACCCGGUCUACCGGAGAUGCAUCUCCCUGAUAGAGCAGACUAUUAAUCAGGAAAUGUUGUGCAAACAAAACCAGACAUUUGAGCAUACCGACAAGGAGCGCAUGAUUGUGGCUCUGGAUUUACUGUCUGGCCUGGCCGAGGGCCUGGAUCGUCACAUUGAGACGCUGGUGGCCAACAGCAACAUCAUGCACCUGCUCUACCAGUGCAUGCAGGAUGUUUUGCCAGAGGUGCGCCAAUCCUCGUUUGCCCUGCUGGGUGACUUGACCAAGGCCUGCUUUCCCCAUGUGCAUCCUUUUAUGGCAGAAUUCUUUCCCAUUUUGGGUCAGAAUCUAAAUCCCGAAUUAAUUUCGGUAUGCAACAAUGCCACCUGGGCCAUUGGGGAGAUCUGUAUGAAACUGGGUGAGGAAACCAAGCAGUACAUCCACCUGGUACUCGCCGACCUGUUCGUCAUUAUCAAUAAACCCAACACGCCGAAGACUCUGCUGGAGAAUACAGCAAUAACAAUCGGUCGUCUAGGUUAUGUGUGCCCAGUUGAAGUGGCUCCUUAUUUGCCCGAAUUUGUACGACAGUGGUGCACAUCGCUGCGUCACAUACGAGACAACGAUGAGAAGGAUUCUGCCUUCCGUGGCAUGUGUCAUAUGAUCACAGUAAAUCCAGCUGGUGUGGUGCCCGAUUUUAUAUUUUUCUGCGAUGCCAUUGCGUCGUGGGUAAAUCCCCCGCAGGAUCUGCAUCAGAUGAUACAAAAGAUUCUCCACGGCUUCAAGACCCAAGUGGGUGAAGAGAAUUGGCGUCGAUUUGUGGAUCAAUUCCCGCCAACUCUGGCCGAGCGCCUGGCCACCAUGUACAACAUCUAAGUCAGGCAAGGCGAGUUAAGGAAUAAACACCCACCACCCAAGCAGCAAAACAUCUUAUCUAGACAAUUAUGUACAAGUAUGCGUAGUAAGCGUGUCGUCGUCUUAAUCUUUAGCCUGUUAAGUUAUCCGAUUCGAUGCUGUUCGAAUGCUAAUAUUGAAAUUUAACAUAGAAAAAAAAACUUAAAAAAAAGCAGCAUAACCGUACAUUUAACCAUAAAAGAAACAUAUAUCGAUAUAUAUAUAUAUAUAUAUAUAUAUAUAUAUAUACCUUAUAGAGAAGAGCCUAAGCCCCACACAAAACACUAGAGGAUCUUAGAUCCGCAGAAAAUUUCUUCAUCGUCUGUCCGCUUCCGAUACAUAAAAUGAAAGAAAAUGUUCCGGCUGUACUUCACCGGAUUCAAGUGCUAUAGACAAAACCCAAACCCAAAAAACCUAAAAUAGAGUUUAAUUAUGCAGAGAACACACGGGUGUUUCUCUCAUAGCUAAUAAUAAAAGAAACUAAAACAUCGUCUUAUAGAGAAAUAAUAUAGCGGGUUCGUGUCGCGGUAAUUAAAAACUAAAGAAAAAUCGUUGAAUGAAAGCGUUGGGUCAAGUGUGAAAUGAAAAACACAACAACAAUGAAAUCAAAUGUAAAAACAAACUAAAAUUUCAGCUGAAAGCAAGCAAAGACUGAAAAACAACUCCGUUCAAAACCACAGACAGCACACUCAUUCACAGAAAAACAAAAGAUUUGAAUUUCACCACUGAACCCAACACUUUCGUAAAAACAAACUAAUAAUAAAUAAAUAAAAAUUCGAAAAAAAAAUCGUCGCGUUUCGGGUUUAUAACGGUUUCGCGUUCGCGUAUUCGCCGCUCGUUCGUUCGUUCGUAAUUCGUAAUCGUCGUAUCAUCGUGAUAACUCGUCGGGUAAAUGAAAAUCGGGAAGGAAAAUAAUACAAGGAUAACGA